AAAAAGCUUAAAAUCACAUCUGUAAGCGAACACUGGUGUUCAACAACUGCUUUGCAUGAGAGGUGGAUAAAGGAAUUGGAAGCUACACAGUCUUUCAGAGUUCUUCGCUCAAAAAGACUUCACAGCCAACAUGUUUGCGUUAAAAAAAAUCGUAGGAGGGAUUAUCGACGUUGUGAGCAAUGUUGAUCCUUCCCAGUUCGGUCCAUCUGAACCUCCUCCUGUCAGAAGACCACAAGUAAAUGUUCAGUCUCAGUCAAAUGAGAGCGAUGAGGAAAGGCAGUUUCGCAAAGUUUUCCUGCAGCUUGCUGGAGAUGACAUGGAAGUGAGCGCUAAUGAGCUGAUGAACAUUCUCAAUAAGAUUAUAGGCAAACAUAAAGAUCUCAAGACUGAGGGUUUCACACUUGAUUCUUGCAGGGCCAUGGUGGCAACAAUGGACACUGACAGCUCUGGAAAGUUGGGCUUUCAGGAGUUCAAGUACCUGUGGAACAAUAUUAAGAAGUGGCAGGGCGUCUAUAAGGCAUAUGAUGCAGACUGUUCUGGGACGAUUGGGGCUGAUGAGUUGCCGGCUGCAUUCAGAGCAGCAGGGUUUCCUCUCAGUGAUCAUCUCUUCCAGAUGAUCAUUCGCAGAUACAGUGAUGAAAGUGGCAACAUGGACUUUGAUAACUUCAUUGGGUGUCUGGUGCGACUGGAUGCAAUGUGUCGUGCUUUCAGAACACUUGACAAAAACAACACUGGUACUGUCAAAGUCAACAUAAAAGAGUGGCUGCAGCUGAUGAUGUACUCCUAAAUCAAAAAGAAUAAUCUCUGUACUGUUUUUUACACUUUACUAAUUAUUGGUUGUCAUCAUGAGAAAAUGUCACUCUGAUUUACCACACUUGUUUACAUAAUCUGAAAUUUAUUUUCAUUUUUUGCUUAUUAACGUUUUCAGAUUAAAUCAAUGUUCCAGUGAUAAAAAACAUUAAAACGGUCUAAUGUAAUGCAGAAAAGUGCUCUAAAUCAGAUAAAUCUAAAUUUGCUGCUGAAAUAAAAUUGCUUCUUGAUUCAUUGGCAAUGGUAUAUUCUGAUCACAAAUGGUGACGUCAAACAAAACAUAAAAAAGGAAAUAAAACAUGAUGUCCAUUGCAUUAAACUCAGGGUCAUAAAGGGUUUUGGCCUGGUUGUUGACAGCAUGACAAUAUAGAUAAGCAUGACUUUAUCUUGUCACUAGAGGGCACCGUUGUGUCUAUAUAAUGCUUAAAUCUAAAAGUUGUGAACCGUCCAAAAGCAGAAAUAAUGUUGUUUGGAGCAUUGCUACAUUGUGUUAAAUCCCAGUUUAAUGUGGGAAUUCUGCAAUAUUGUAAUUACAGUAGGCCCUACCGAAUAGAUUAUACUGUAAUACCACAUACACUGUAAACACUACUAUUUCCUAUGGUUUGAAUAAAACAUACACAAUAAAAUAAUUAAAAGUGUGUAAUGCGUUACUAACAUACUGCAAGAUAAAAAGGGGGAGUCACAUUUAUAAAAAGUCAGAAAAUAUAUUUUUAAAUCUUAUUAACAAUAGAUUGCAUUGGACUUAGUCCAAUGUUAAGCUAAGCUCAUUGUCAUGUGGAUCAGCCAGACCUCUUCCUUUUUGUUUUCAGGAUUACUUUUAAAAGUUACUUUUAAUAGAGUUCUUUGUGUUUCUGUGUCCUUUUCUAGAUAUUCUGAUGAAAGUGUGAAAGUUCUGUGUGUAAAUGUUGCAGUAGAGAGUGCAAUAAUACUGUUCCAAUACUGCUUUAUUACAAAGGCUUUGUAAAGUGACAUUCUUUUAAAUCCAUUUACAAAGCUCAGUUUAUUUCCAUUCCUGCUUACCAGCUGUGAUAUGUUAACCAAUUGAAUUGUUUGCCUAAAAUAAACCUCUAAUUUUAAAACAA